AUGCAUGCGGCAGUUGAAUGCACACUCAGUGUAACGAAGUCGUUCUAUGACCUCACAACACUGAAGUCGUUGGUAUAUAAAGAGUUGGAUGUGAAAGGUGUGGCAUUGAAAUCGAGGAAAAUAAAGAUGUCUCGCAAUUGUCUGUUUGCCCUCACUCUUCUCGCUCUCGCAAUUCUUGCCUCAGCACACUAUGAACAGAGCUACCAGCAAGGGCAGCAAAUCAUCAAACACCGCUCAUACCAACGAUGCUUCUGCAAGUACUACCCCACUUUCACAUGCUGUGUGCAACCUCAACUUGCCGAAUGCCAGAUGCCCACACACUUCCCAACUUGCGCGCCAACCUACGAGAAGUGCGUGGAGACAUGCAAAGUGAACAUCUACUGCAUCCAAUACUGCCAGACUCGUUUCCGUCUCGUUCCUCAAUUCCCACGAUGUCACCAUCACCACCAUCACCACGAUCACUUCCAUUAA